CUGGUUCGUAAUCGACUGUGGUUAUGUUUGUUUAAAGCCACAUGAAGCACACUGACUGAGCUGGCCGUGGUUGUGUGAUCGUGUUUAUCAUCAGGUAUCGUGUCGUCAUGUCGCAGAGGAAGAGGCUGUCCAACACACAGAGCUCCUCUCAGAGCAAGAGGCAAUCGGGCAACUUGGUGGUUCGGGAAGAAGAUGAUGACUCAACCUUCACUCAGCCGAGUACGUCACAGGUCCAGAAAGGGCUGGAGAAGCUCACACCUGCACAGGUCGACCAAAAGACAGCUGAGGUGGUGCAGUACUUCUUGAUGAAGGACCAAAAGAAGAUUCCUAUACGCCGAGCAGACCUGGUGAAACACGUUGUGAAAGAGUACAGAAACAUCUACCCUGAGAUCAUGAAGAGAGCAGCACGUACUUUUGACCAGGUAUUUGGCCUCAAAAUGAUUGAAAUCGAUGCCAAAAAUCACAUGUACAUACUCAUCAACAAGUUGGAGACAGCUGAAGGAGCCUCACCGAUCACAAGCCCGACCAAUCCAAAGAUGGGUCUGCUGUUUGUGAUCCUGAGUGUUAUUUUCAUGAAAGGAGGCGUUGUCAGAGAAAACCUGAUCUGGAGCACGCUCAAGAAACUCCGUGCUGACCCCGGAGAAAAACAUGAAGAGUUUGGUGAUGUAAAGAAAGUUGUCACAGACGAGUUUGUGCGUCAAAGGUACCUGGAGUACGUACGAAUCCCUCACACAGAGCCAGUGGAGCAUGAAUUUCGAUGGGGUCAACGUGCCGACGUGGAAGUGUCAAAAGCCAAAAUCCUCGAGUUCAUGGGUCAACUUCAUGAACAGGAGCCUCAGAGCUGGAGCCAGCAGUACAGAGAAGCCCACUCCAUCUCCAACUCCUCGCAGGCCGGCACCAGCAGCCAGAGAUGACUCUUCUACUACUGUAUCACCUUUCAUUUAUUUAAGUGUUGAUGCUGAAAGAGAGAAGCUGCAUCGGACAGACAAAUCUACUGUUACAAAGUCUGUUUAAACUAUCAAUUCAAAUCCUGCUCAUAUUACAUAUUGUACAUACGUUCAUGUUCAUACUUUACCUUUUAGUCCGGGAAGUCUCGAAUUCUUGAUGUCUUUUUUAUUAAAUAAUAUUUAAUAUCACACACAGUUAGUCAGGUAUCCAUUUUCAUUUUAUUGCCUGGACUUUAAAAGUUAACAGUUAUUUGCUCAAGUUCAUAAAAUAAAAUAUUUUGUAAUAGAUUACUACAUCAUUGA